CAUAUAUCGAGACCACCGACUCACCCGUCUCCUUCAUUUCUUUCUCUCUCAACACUUUUUGUUUUUUUCUCUGCAACUGAAAUCGUUCAAGUGAGCUUAAGCUGAAGAAAAAUUAGACGAUUAAGUGACUGAGUCUGAAUCUACGUUGUCUAUCCAACAAGAUUAUCAUCGACUUAAAAGUUUCUGGGAAUGGAUUCCGAUGAAAAGUUGUUACUGGGAAUCUUAAAGUUGGAUUUGGUUAAUUGCUGAUAGCCCUCUCAGAACUAAAAUGAUAUGUGGUUUCGAGUGGUUCUUAUGCAUGUGAAUAUAUGUGAAAUCCGUGUAAAGCUCCAUGGGGUGUUCUGCCUGUCUAAAAUUGAAAGGAGAGAUACUGAGAUAUGUAAACUUAAAGUGGAAGUUGUUGGUGGAAAUUUGGCGGGAUUCAGCCUUGAAUGCAUUCUGGCUAUACGGAUAUGGGUGAGACAAAGAGAACUCCGCACUGACUGUGUGUCUCCUUAAAAACUUGCCCGAAGAGAAGAUAGCAAGAUUCUCUGAACUUGCCCGGGAUUACUACAUAUUAGUACCUGAUGAUGCAAAGGCCGAGAAGGCAAUCAGAACACUAUUGAGGCUAGCAUAUGGGAGAUACUGAUCUAAAAUAGCAAAUCACUAUAGAUCAUUUGCGACCCACGCAUAUCAUCCAUGAGAAUCCGCAACAUUGACGACUGGACUUUCAUUUUGCGACUUGUUUAACAGUGACGGGUUUAAGGCUGCAUCUAAGAAAGGAAGGGACACACAAAAGGUUCAAGCCCUAAACCAUACUAAUGGCACACAGACUUUUGCCAGAAAAGCAUAUGAAAUGCUGAAAGAAGUGAAAAAUGGUAAAUUUCAUUGGGGCUGAUCGAUUUAAUGGUAGGGAUACAUGUGAUAUUAGUAGUUCAAACAUGCUAUUCCCACAGUUUUACCAUAAUUGUUAUAGCAUUUAUUUAUCACAUUUCAUAGAACAUGAGGAAUAUGAAAGUGGAUAUUUCACUUUGAAACUCAUAAAAGCUGCUACUCAAAAUUUCAGUCCAGCAAAUAGGAUUUGUAAACAUGAACGACUAUACAAGGGAGUUCUUCCAAAUGGGGUGAAAGUCACAGUGAAACAAUUACAUGAGCAUCUCAUGUUCAAAAACGAAGUAAAGUUUCUGUCAACCCUCAGACACCCAAAUCUUGUCAGAUUGUUUGGACACUGUACUGAGAACAACCAACAGUUACUAGUGUAUGAGUACAUGGAAAAUGGCUGCUUGAGUAACGCACUCUCCGGUGGUAAUGAAAAUGUGAGAAAGAGGCUCAACUGGCGCACCAAAAUGAGGAUAUGCCUUGGAAUAGCAAAUGGUCUUGCUUUCCUACAUCAGAAAGAUGAAUUAAAGGCCAUAAUUGUUCACAGAAAUAUUCAGCUUCCCAAUAUUUUUCUCGAUAAGUUUCUUGAUCCCAAGAUAUCUUAUUUUGGUUUAGCUAAGCAUUUUGGAGCAGAUGCCACGCACUGUACCACUGCAGUGCGGGGUUCAAUAGAAUAUAAUGCCCCGGAGUAUUUAAAGAAAGGUUCAAUAACAGAAAAGGUUGAUGUAUUCAGCUUUGGAGUAUCCAUAGUACUUGUACUUUCAACAGAAAAGAGAUCUAUAGAUCUUGAAAGACUCGAUAGCGAUGCAAUCCUUUUAAACCAGGCCAAGGGUUUACAUCAGAAGGGAGAUCUUCUGUCAUUGAUUGAUGAAGACUUGACGCCAAGCAAUUCAUUGAAAGAAGCAACCAUGUUAUUGGAUCUGGCAAUGUUAUGUACUUAUGAAUCCCCAGAGUUGAGGCGUUCCAUGUCAGAAGUAGUGAACAUUCUUGAAGGAAAUACUACAAUGAAGACCCCUCCAGUUGAUCCACUGUAUGCGGCAACAUUCAGUUGUGAGGAUUUCAUGUCUGUAAUUGGAAGUGCAAGCAGCAGUUCAUCAUAUACAAAGCUGACAAGUGACGGGUUUGUUUAUAAUCCUUGCGAUGACUGGGAUGGUGAUGAUGCAUCUUUAUCCUAUCAAGUUGCAUCAAAGGUAAAGGAAAAAAAUACUCGUCCUGAACUUCAUAAUGAAGGCGGAGAAGGGAAUGGUAAAGUUGAGUAUGCUAAACUGUCUGUAGAAACACAAGAAAUGUAUGAAACCCCAGCUUUUAGUUUAAGAUAUAUUGAAGUUGCAACCAGAAAUUUCAUCCCAGCAAAUAAGAUUGGUCAAGGUUCUUUUGGUUCAGUUUACAAGGGAAUGGUUCCUAAUGGAAAGAUGAUUGCAGUGAAGCAACUUUCCCCUGAAUCAUCUGCCCAAGGGAAAGUGGUGUUUCUGCAUGAAGUAAACACUAUUUCUACCUUAAGACACCCAAAUAUUAUUAGAUUGUUGGGACACUGUGUUGAAAACAACAAACACCUAUUAGUGUAUGAGUACAUGGAAAAUGGGUGUCUAGACAGAGCUAUAUUUGGUAAGUCAUUACUGCACUCGUAUGGUCAACUUCAUUACUGCACUCAAGGAAUUCAGUUAUUCUCGUCGAUAAAUAAAAGUUCCUGGUUCUCAGGUCUAGUGAAUUUGAAGAACAAACUUAGUUGGCCAGCAAGACUUAGAAUUUACCCAGGAAUAGCAAAGGGUCUUGCAUAUCUGCAUGAUGAAAACUCAAAAAUGAAGAUUGUUCACAGAUAUAUUAAACUUUCAAAUAUCUUGCUUGAUAAAGAUCUCAAUCCUUAGAUAUCAGAUUUCGGGUUAACCAUGAAUUACAACAGAGAAAUCACAUAUAUCAAGACUGGUCUAGCAGGAACAGUAGGAUAUAUGGCCCCUGAAUAUGUGAUACAAGGAAAAGUAACUGAGAAAAUUGAUGUAUACAGCUUUGGAGUAGUAACCCUUGAACUCAUGACUGGAUAAAAUAGAAUUCAAUCGAAGACAAAGCAUGGAAGCAGUUCCCUUCUAGAUUUGGUAAGUUAAUUUCUUUCUUCAUCUCUCUUGAAAAGAAAGAGAAGAUAGUCUUACAAUUACAAAUUCAAAUAAUAUAAAAUUACGGAUGUCCACUUGCAAUAUUACAUUAACCACUUGGAAUGGGAUUACAAGCCCGUGACUUUCAUCAAAGGGGAGAUCUUCUUGGACUAUUUGAUCAAGAUGUGAGGAUGAAAAUUCCAGUGAAAGAAGUGGAAAUGGUAUUGAUUUUGGCAAUCUUGUGUACAAAUUAUGAUCCGGAGUUAAGACCUGCUAUGUCAGAAGUAGUGGACAUUUUAGCAACCUUAUGUUCUAACUCAAACUGCACAGCAAGUAUUCACUCUACAACGAACGUUGCUGACAUACCAAGCCCCAACUUAAGCAGUACUGCAAUGCACUAUGUCAAUGCUGUUUCUUCGAAUGAUGUGCCUGACUAUAAUGAUGGGGUUGCUACAGGUUCUUCCUCUAAUAAUGUACCAGAAGUGGAUGAAAUCAAUAAAGAUAUUGAGUUCCAUCGUGAUUUUAUUUCCAAUGAAAACGUUUCUGUUGGUGAAGUCGGGAAGAGUGAUAUGCCAUUAUACCAAGUGACUGAUACAUCAGCAGAACCACUGGGAUUGAAUAUUAACCGGCAGACUUCUUCAUUUUCAAAGGAUAUAUACUACCAAAAGGGAGUUCAAUGUAAGCUUGGAUUUUUUGAACCCUCCUUUAAAGAAGGAAAACUCCAGAUUGAAUUUUCUGACGAAGAGUUCAGAGCCGUAUGCGAUGAAUGGGAAAAUUCCUUAGUAGGCUUUUUCGUGAGUGAAGAUGUCCCCUUCAACAUGGACCUAAAGUGGGAUUGGAAGUUGAUGCUUGAAAGAAUUGAUAUGGGAUCUCUUCCAAUCUGGGUAAAGAUUUACAACUUACCGCUCAUUUUUUGGACUCCUACUGUUCUCAGUAAAGUUGGGAGUGGACUAGGGACUCCUCUGUAUGCUGAUCAGAAGACACGGAACAAACAGCAAUUAGCUUAUGCCAUGCUUUGCAUAGAAUUUGACGCUAAUAAGACAUUGCCGGAGUCUCUGUGUAUUCUAGUGAAAGGUAUGGAGUAUCAUCUAAAUUUGGAAUAUGAUUGGAAACCCUUGAGGUGUGAAAUCUGUUGCGCUUUUGGUCACACAGACUUGAGUUGUAGGGGGAAGAUGAAGGCUAAGAAACAAAACUAGGUUCAAGUUUGUUGCUUGCACAUAUUGUUGGCACAGCAGAGAACUAAGAUGAAUGGAGGAAGGUUUUUCGCUGAAGCUAGUCAUGAGGUUGGAGACCCUCCAACAGCAACAACAAAGGAUCCACUUUCUGAAGGGAGUUGCUCGCCUUUUAGCUUAGCUCUUUCUGUGCCUUCUUUUCCACCUCUCACAUUCUCAAGUUUUCUUAUGCAUAACACCUGAAGAAAGUUCGAACUUGCUAACUCUGCAAUACCCCAUGUAAAAACCUAAUGUUUCAAGGCACGUGAGGCUUUCUGUAGUGUGUCGGUGCGUAUUUUACGAUCUCUUGUUCAUCCCACGAUCUCUUGUUCAUCCCAAUUGUCGAACACUAUGAAUAAUCGAUGUUGAACUAACUGAA